AACUAAAUUUCCUAAAAUACGCAUCAGUGUGACUUAUGUCAGGAGACAUACGUGAUCACGUUUCCAACAUCCGCGUGAGUUAACUUAACUACUCUAACUCACGCAGGUGUUAACAUUCUUUUAGCAAUCUCUCCUUUUCACCGCAUGCUACCAGCCCAGAGAAGGACGAGUUCAGGAGACAAUUACUUUUCUCUCACUCAUUCAUUCAUUCAUUUUUUCUCUUUUUUCUUCAAACCAUUUGAUUUGAUUCGCAGUGGAAAAACAAAUACUUGAAAGCUCAAGAAUCGCGUAAUGCUCUUCGUCAAGCUGUUAAAUUUCUCGAACUCAAAAUCAAUGAAAUUCAAUCCCUUAACAACAACAAUUCUCACACACACCCCUCGUCUCAUCUCACACACCCCGUCCUUCUCCUCUCUCCCUCUCUCACCCUCUUCUCUCCCAAACGCGCUUUUAAUCGAUAAGCUUCUUUUCCGCUUAAAACAAAACGACUUCUCUUCCCUCCGUACCCAUCUUCUCCAUUCCAAUUCAACCCUAACUCUAACCCUAAUCCCUCAACUUCUUCAAAAAUGCCAAAACUACCCUCUCCUCCUUCCCAAUCUCAUCCAAACCAUCGCCUCCACGUCUCCAAAUCCAUCUAUCAUUGCCACAUUGAUCCAUUUUCUAGUUCAAUCCAAGAAGCUUCCAGAAGCUCAAUCUCUUCUCCUUAGAAUCAUUAGAAAAAGCGGCGUUUCGCAUGUCGAGGUAAUCGACUCUCUCAUUUCAACUUCGAGUUCGAAUUUGAAUUCUAACCAAAAUGUAGUUGUUUUUGAUUUAUUGAUAAGAACUUAUGUUCAAGCUAGGAAAUUAAGAGAAGGUUCUGAAGCAUUUCAAUUGUUAAGAAAAAGAGGUUUUUGUGUUUCGAUUAACGCUUGUAAUGCGCUUUUAGGUGCAAUUGUUAAGGUUGGGUGGGUUGAUUUAGCUUGGAAGGUUUAUGAGGAUUUUGUUAAAAGUGGGAAUAUUGUUAAUGUUUAUACUUUGAAUAUUAUGGUUAAUGCUUUGUGUAAAGAUGGGAAAUUGGAUAAUGUUGGGGUUUAUUUGUCUGAGAUGGAGGAGAAAGGGGUUUAUGCUGAUCUUGUGACUUAUAAUACUUUGGUUAAUGCUUAUUGUCGUCGGGGGCUUGUUUCGGAAGCUUUUGGGUUGGUGGAUUGUAUGGCAGGUAAAGGGUUGAAGCCGGGACUUUUUACGUAUAAUGCUUUGAUUAAUGGUUUGUGUAAGGAGGGAAGCUAUGAGAGAGCGAAACGUGUUUUGGAUGAGAUGUUGGGGGUUGGAUUGUGUCCUAAUGCAGCGACUUUUAAUCCUAUGUUGGUUGAGAGUUGUAGGAAGGAGGAUGUUUGGGAGGCGGAGAGGGUUUUUAAUGAAAUGUUGCAGCGUGGAGUUGUUCCUGAUUUGAUUAGCUUUAGUUCUAUUGUUGGGGUGUUUUCGAGGAAUGGGGAACUUGGUCGGGCAUUGGCGUAUUUUGAGAAGAUGAAAGGUGUUGGGUUGGUUCCUGAUACUGUUAUUUAUACUAUUCUUAUCAAUGGGUAUUGUAGGAACGAUGAUGUGUCUGGGGCGCUUAAAAUGCGGAAUGAGAUGGUGGAGCGGGGUUGUGUUAUGGAUGUGGUUACAUAUAAUACUCUGUUGAAUGGAUUGUGUAGGGGUAAAAUGCUUGAUGAUGCUGAUGAACUGUUUAAGGAGAUGGUGGAAAGGGGAGUUUUUCCUGAUUUUUACACUCUAACAACUCUUAUUCAUGGUUAUUGUAAGGAUGGAAACAUGACUAAAGCACUUAGUUUGUUUGAGACUAUGACUUUGAGGAGCCUUAAGCCUGAUGUCGUGACGUAUAAUACGUUGAUGGAUGGCUUCUGCAAAGUAGGUGAAAUGGAGAAAGCAAAGGAGUUGUGGUAUGAUAUGAUAAGCAGGGAAAUAUUUCCCAGCUACAUAUCGUUUAGUAUUUUGAUAAAUGGAUUCUGCAGCUUAGGUCUUGUGUCCGAAGCAUUUAGGUUGUGGGAUGAAAUGAAAGAAAAAGGUAUUAAGCCCACCCUAGUCACUUGCAACACCAUCAUAAAAGGCUACCUGCGUGCUGGCAAUUUGUCAAAGGCAAAUGACUUUUUGAACACGAUGAUUUCGGAAGGAGUUCCUCCCGAUUGCAUCACAUAUAAUACUCUUAUAAAUAGUUUUGUAAAGGAAGAGAACUUUGAUCGAGCUUUUUUCUUGAUUAAUAACAUGGAAGAACGAGGGCUGCUGCCUAAUCUCGUCACAUACAAUGCAAUUCUUGGUGGAUUUUCUAGGCAUGGUAGAAUGCAAGAGGCUGAGAUGGUAUUACAUAAGAUGAUUGAUAAAGGUAUCAAUCCUGACAAAUCAACUUACACAUCACUAAUAAAUGGAUAUGUCUCUAAAGACAACAUGAAAGAGGCAUUCCGUGUCCAUGAUGAAAUGCUGCAAAGGGGAUUCGUCCCAGAUGACAAAUUCUAGGAAUUUUACUGUUACAGCCGCCAGAAUUUUACAGCCAUGUGUUAUAACUUUUUUGAUAUGAAGGUUGGGUAUUCUAUCUUUAAGUGUCAUCUAAAUUUGCUUCAUUGUGUGUUUUUUCUCUCUCUUUCUUUUGGGAAGGGGGAGCCUUGGCGCAACGGUAAAGUUGUUGUCAUGUUACUGAAAGGUCACGGGUUCAAGUCUUGGGAACAACCUCUUGUGUAUAAAACAGGGUAAGGAUGCGUAUAAUGCACCAAAAAGGUGGGACCCCUUCCCGGACCCUCCGUAUGUGGGAGUUUAGUGCACCGGGCUUCCAAAUUUUUAUAUUUUAUUUUUGGGUUCUGUGGAUUGGAAAAAAUCAUCAACUAAGAAUUGAACUGAAAAAGACGGCGGUUUGCGAAUCUCGUCGGACAUGGCAGUGCCGGCGGCGGAGACACUGAAAUCUGACCCCAUUAUUAACACUUGCUGCGAACAGUAUGUGAUGUCAAAAUCGAAACUGGGGAGCGAUUGGAAGAAUUUAAUGCUGGGGCGUCGGGGUGAAUAAUGGACUUAGUAGGUUCAAGUCCCAGACUGUUACUUCUGCUCAUCGGGGAUAGGGACGAGAAUGAGAAGGUAUUAGGUUUACAAGCUUGUAUAGCUGAGAGGGACAACGAAAUCUGUAGAUUGAAGGAGCUUUUGGAGAGUGAAAAAAGAAGGGCUGAUUCUAAGAGGAAGAGAGUUGCCGAAACUUGGAAGUUCAUGCUUGAUUCAAAAUUGGUUCUAAUUUUCAAAACCCCCGUGUAAGCUAAUAGUGAGAACUUAUCAAAAUAUGACAAAAACCGCUUAUGGAAUUAUGAUAAACUCUUUCCAUUAAUUUACCAAAACACCAACUACCAAAGCUUAUAUUAGUAGAUAAGCUCAAAAUAACUCAAGCCAAUCAGAACAAGACCUAAAUAGGUACCAGGACUUGGGUUUAACCGUUUCCGAAGUUCCUUGACCAAAUUCUUUCUAGGGAUGUUUAUGUUUACAUCAUUACCUGUGCCUUCUUUUAUUUCCCGUUCACCAACAAGUAUCAUCCAAGGGAUUCUUGAUACUUUUGCAUAAUCAAAGAGCUUUGGUCUUCUUUGGUGGACCAAGAACUCUGCUUUCACCCCAUCAUCCUACAGUUCACCAACUAGCUUUGCAGCUAGUGGUACGUCAUUCCCUAAUAUGCUCACUAGGACUUCUGUCUUGGUUGGUCGAGCCAUCUAAUAAAAACAGCAAAGUAUAUGUUUAUAGUUGAGUUUCUAAAUGUUUAAAUGUGAGUUUCCAAGGGUGAAUCACAGUUACUGGAACAAGAAAAGAGUAAGGGAGCGCAAAUUGCAAAAAUUAAAGUGGAGAAGGCUGAGGGGUAUAGGGUUCAGAUUGGUCAAUUGGAGAAACAAGUUAGUGAAGCAAAACAGAAAUUGAAAACUGAGACGUCUGCGUUUAAAGCGGCCGCCAGAAGGCAGGAUUUUAAAAAGCGCAGGUUAUUUGCAGAGAAAAGAAAAGCUGAGUUAGAAAUGGCAAAAGCUAACGAAAAGUGAAGGAGAUUGAAAAGCACAAAGCCAUUGAGAAGGUUAAAUUAGAGGAGCAGAAGGAACUUGCAGAAGAUAACUGGAACAAGGUUGUGGAAGAGAAAUGUCGUGAUGAUCAGAUGUCUCAGCAGCUAGAAGAAGAUAAGAGGACAACUGAGGAUUUGAAGCGGAAGAUGCUUAAGCUCUCAUCCCUGAGAAAUCAAACUGAAAUGGCCAUUGACAUCAGUGCGAAAACUCAAAGUACUCAAUGUUCUAAUGUGAAACAUUUGAAAAACAAUCUGAACGUUGAAAAGUUACAAACAAAGCAUACCAAGCUAAAAUACAAGUUAGAAGCAAGUUGUUGCAGUAUUUUACAUCACAAAUUAGGUUGUCUAAAGAUUGGUUUUGUUCAGCUUCUAUGUCACUUUGAUGUACUGGAUGCAUCUUUUUUGUCUGUUUCAGGAAGUACACAAGACCAAACAAUGGUUAGUUUCACUGAUGAAUUGUUUUCACUUGUAUAUAAUGUUUUAUUUGUUUUUGCUACUUUCUAUCCACUCCCGUCAAAAGCAUGCACAUACACAAACACACAUGAGCUAGGAUUGUGAAUUCUAUUUUUGAAAUAAGCAUCAUGAUCUUAUCUUUAGAAGCCGAUGGCUCACUCUGGCAUACUUACAUGAUUAAGGUAUAGGACUAGCCAUCUAUGUCAUGCAUUAGUGAUUGUGAAGUUGGUUGUGUUGUAAAUUACUGGACCUUUUGGGUUUAUAAACAUAUUAGCAGUAAAACUGAAAGGUUAUUUUGCCUUGGUUAAAUGGUAAUCUUAAGGAUCUUCUGAAAGCAAUGAACAAUCACUCCCUCCGGUUUUGAAUAUAUGCCACAAAAAAUCAUGUUUUGUAGUCUCAAUUAUAAGCAAGAUUUAACUUACUCUAUCAUAUUCAAUGUUAUAAUUCCUAAAAUACCCUUUAAUUAAGUAAAGUUUUAUUUUUCAAUAAUGAAACAAUUUCCAUGAGGGGUAUUUUAGAUAACACAAUUAAAUCUUUUAUUACCUUUAAAAAAUUAAUGAAGUUAACUACUUUUCUUAAAGUGUGUAAGGUAGUUUUUUUUGCUUUUAUAUGAAACCAGGUGCUUAUAUAUCAUAUCAGCACUAUAUCGUUCAGCUGUUAACUUGUUAUAGGAUACGUGGCUUCAGUUUUUUCUUUUUAGGGGAAAAAUAAUUCUUGUAUGUGAAAGCCUAUACGAUGUUACUGCUCCUUGUCUUCCUGCAAUAAAUCAGCUGCAUACUGAAUUUUGCACAAAUGAUAGUUGCCAAUUAUUAGAAGGCGCUGAAUCCAUAGAUGCAAUUGCAUGCUUUCUCUUGGAAGAGAUAAAGAACUGUUGGCUCCAAGGGAUAAACCAAAUUGAUUUGUCAGAUUCUGGAUUAAUGCCAGGCAAUUACGGUCUAAUGAAGAAGUGGGUCAACAUACCACGGACAAGAAUAAUGAUGUGUCCGGUUGUUUGAAAAGAUGCCUGGUUUCUGAUACUCGACCACAUGCUCUUAAGAAUGUCAUUCUCUGUCACCUUAUUGAUAUGGUGUCAUUGGUGGAACUGGUAGCAAACGAAAUGGUAUUACUUUCAUCAUUUCAUGUUGAUUUUGUCCCUGUUUUUUAAAUUAUGUAUAUCGAGCUCUAAUUUGAAAGGUAUAACUGAUCCUUUAAUGACAAGUGACGUUAACAUUUUUAAGAAUCAAUGUUAGCUAUACUAAUAUGAUAAAGACUAAGUAUUGAAUUCUAAUUCUAAAGACAA